AUGGAAGAAUGCAAAAGUGACAAUAUGAUCGCAGGUGCCAAUUCUGGUAUUGGAUUUGCACUAGGUAGUGCAGAAGUUUGCAAUUGCUGGAAUAACUACAAUUUCGAUAUUCAAAUAAACAAGAGCAUGAGAAAUCAAUGCCAGAUCUUUCGUAUAAUGUUGACUUUAACUUCACAUCAGUUGUUAUUUGUGUUCGAUAAUCUUUCAAAUCAAUGCAAGCACGGGGCACAUAUGGUUACAUUAAUAUCAAUUCGCACAAAUGUUCAAGAUGUGCAAGGAAAUCAUUUCUAA